UUGCCGUAUUUUCGGGUGAUUAGAGUGUGGGUAUGGGUUAGAUUUUUUUAUUUUAGGUUUAGGGCAAUAAGGUAAAUUCAAUAUAGAUUUGUGGGCUUUAUGUGGAAAUUUACGAGCCAUAUUUAGCAAUCCACAAACUGAACCCUAAAACUGUAGGUUUCAUUCUCUUCUGGGUUUCAAAUUUUCUUCGGAGAAUACUGGACCUUUGUUUUCGCCUCAGAAUUUCUCUUCACUCAGGUGUUUAAUUCUGCACAAUGUCGCGUGUAUAUGUUGGAAACUUGGAUCCACGGGUCACUGAGCGAGAACUCGAAGACGAGUUUCGCAUUUUCGGAGUUAUUCGAAGUGUUUGGGUUGCUCGGAGACCUCCAGGCUAUGCUUUCAUUGAUUUCGAUGAUACCAGGGAUGCCAAAGAUGCCAUUCAUUCUUUGGAUGGUAAGAAUGGCUGGAGAGUUGAGCUUUCCCAUAAUUCUAGAGGUGGGGGUGGCGGCCGUGGUGGUGGGAGAGGUGGAAGAGGUGGAUCUGAUUUGAAGUGCUAUGAGUGUGGUGAGCCUGGUCACUUUGCUCGUGAAUGUCGUUUGCGUGUUGGUGGUGGAGCAGGGGGGAGGCGACGCAGCCGCAGUCCAAGAUACAGGAGGAGCCCAAGUUAUGGCAGGAGGAGCUACAGCCCACGUGGUAGGUCUCCACCUCCACGCCGUCGCAGUCCCUCACCUCGUGGAAGAAGCUACAGCAGGUCACCACCUCCUUAUCGUGCUCGUGAAGAAUUGCCUUAUGCAAACGGAAAUGGUGUCAGGGAGCGACGUCGGAGCAGGAGCUGAUUGGGGUAGUUUACUUUGAAAAUACUGAUAUUAUGUCUUUAGUAUGCUUGGACAUCAUUCAACUCUGUUUAAAGCUGGGUGCUGCCUGCAACCACAAAUCUUGGAUUUGGUUAAGUUCUUAUCUUACUGUGUUAAUUAGUAUUUUUUAUGUUGCGUAUAGAGGCAAUCUGUUUCAAACUCAAUGAUUGGUGCUUGUUACUGUUAACAAUUUGCUCUUCAGUACAUUGCAAAAUUGGCUAAGUUUUGUACUGUUUUCUUGUGUCGAGGUUGUCUUCAUGGUUCUGCUACAUUGGUAGUGUGCCUCUUCUGCUUCUGCGUCAUUGGUUUUCUGCUUCUGCAUCAUUGGUUUUCUGCUUCUACACUUCCCUGUGGUUUUGUUGCUCGAUGCCUUCCCCAGGAUCUUCAAUUUUGAAUUAUUGUGGAUCCCGGCUGGCUUCAUCACUUGGAAAAGCCUGCUUAAUUGAAUCUCGGCAGCCUGAUGCAUCUCCCUCCCUUGGUUUUGUUCCUUGCUGUCUUCCCUAGGAUCUUCAAUUUUGAAUAGUUGUGGAUCCCAGCUGCCUUCAUCAAAAGCUUACUUGAUUGAGUCUCACCAGCAUGAUGCAUCUCCCUCAUACGUUAUUACGACUUCUUUUUUUGUUUUUGCCUGGAUACUUGGAUAGACAAGCUGCUUGUUACUCUUCUGGCAGGUACAAGCAUUUAAGAACUUGAGGCUUUUCAGGACCUAAUUUUUCGCUUGUCCUUAUUAGUUGGGUUUCCAUGAGUAGGUUAUUAAAGUACAACGACCAACUUGUGGAGCAAGUGGCAACUUCGGGGUUCUGUUGCUUCGUAGGCUCAUUGCUUCAGUUUUUUUCCUUUGUUUGGGUUGGGUCUAGAGGAGGGAGGGUUGAUGCAUGGGAGUUUCUGUUUCCACUCCACAAAAGUGUAUAGACUCCCAUAUGCAUGCACAAUAUGCAUAUUGUGCUAUGAAAAGAAGUAACUGCAAGAAUUAAUGGGAGUUCAAAAUAACUAUUUUUUUUUUCCCCAAUAGAUUUGAGGCAUGAAUAUCCUACAGAUUUUAGUAAUAUACCUGGAUCUUUCCUAUCCUUUUAGUUUAAAGGCCAUGAUAUUGGGCUGGCGGCUAGUUUAAGGGUAUUUUUGGGUCAGAUUUGAUGGAUUUCAACUGGAGCUGCUUAGUGGUUUUGUUGAGAAAGAGCUCUUAUUGCAUUUUGGUUUUGUUUCCUUGUCUCUAAUUGUUGGAAAACACUCCAAAAUGUAGCUGGUUAGUGGUUUUGUUGUGAAAGAGCUCUUAUUGCAUUUUGGUUUUGUUUCCUUGUCUCUAAUUGUUGGAAAACACUCCAAAAUGUAGCUUUAAUACUACAUUUCAGUUGUAUAUCUCGAAUUUUAUGUGGACAUGCUUUUAAUUGAUAUUCUGGGAGCGAUAUUUCACUAUUUGA